CCACCUGCCUUCCCAUGCUGCAAAUCGAAACUAUUGGCAAUUUUUCCUAGGCCUGCUAUCGCCAGCCAAUAUUUACACUUCCCCCUUAUAUCACCUCGCCCCAGAGUGGCUAUUCUAUCGAAUCUCCCAAUUCGAAACGACCACAGAAAUCAGCAUAGUGCUGUCACUGUAAAGUGCAUCCUCGACAUCUACAGCUGCGCUUUGACACAACUAGCAGCGAAUUAUUCUACAAUCUCGCCCGCCCGCCCGAUCACGCAACUGCCCAUAAUGGCCAGGCCAGCUACCCCCCCAUUCGAAAUACCAUGCCUUGAUCUCAACUUUGGAAACAUUACGGAUGGAACAGAUAUCCCACCACCUGUCAUGUCCAUUCCUCAGGAUGUCUUGAUGCAAACCCCGCCAUCAACUCCGCCUCUAGACAAACACGAUGACAUUCGCGCUCAGACAAUGAGUAGCCGCCAAAUGAAUGACAAUCUUCCACCAAGUCCCAUUUCGUCUCCUAGGCAAGGCAGCCUGCGUCGUCUAUUCAGCCGAAGCAAACUAAAUGUUGACUACGUUGAAGCCAGCCAAGCGUCGAUGGAUCAAGAGCGAGAGCUGAUGCGCCCCCAAAGCCGCGCAGGUAUGAGUAUCAGGAGCAGUCGCAGACUGAAGCGAUACAGCAGCUGGUUUACCAGAUUAGGUCGACAUGGAAAUGAUGUGGACGAGCAACAGGAUUCCAUAUAUGGAGUUUCAACAACCUCAAAAUUCUUCACGCCACCUCCCAUGAUACCAGAGCUUCAAGGUCUGGAGGAAGAAGAUCUAAGCCUUGGUACCGAUCUUUUCAGAAAUAUAAAGUAGCACACUCAAAAUCUUGUGCUAAAACGAAUCAGAUCUCAUUCGCCAUCCUGCUAUCGAAUCCACGCAGGUGAAAGAGCGAAGAAACGUAAAAUAUCCUUGCACGAGCGGAACCUCUUGUGUCUCUCUAUUUCCAAUAUUGCAACUUUUACGCUGCGUAUCAGUUUAAAAGCAAUAUCUUUAACUCAUAUCCCAAUACUUGGCGGAAUUCUUCUGCAACGAGGUUCUUUCUGAAACCAGUUUCCUUUUAUUUCAGUCGGGUUAAGGCAGUCCCAGUAUUACAUAUGAUUAUGGCGAUGGCGGCUGCCUAUCUCUUCAAUUCUCACAACUCCACAUGAGUUUUAUCAUUUACCAUGCGCUCAUUUUUUUUCUUCAUCUCGAGCCCAACGCCUAGCAUUAGUUUCGUAUUUAACAUGUCCUCUUUCAUAGCCAAAAUAGACUGGCCAAAUGUAUACCGAUUUCCUAUCUGCACAGCGUGUAUUUUGAGCUUAAAAUUAAC